AUGAAAACUACACUCAGUGUAGUGGCGAUUCUUGCUACGGCAGUUCAACAAACAAGUGCCACGAGCAAAUGCGUUGAAGGCAAACUAUUGAAAGGCAUCACAAAUGGCAGCCCGGAAAUCUCAUACCGAAAAUCCGACGGCUUCUCAAUCACUUCGUUCCAGAUCACCGUCGAUAAGGACACAGAUAUCGCCUUUGUGUAUUCCAUGCCGGAUGGCUCGAGCUGCAAACACACCACUCCCUGCUCGCAGGGCGGUUCAGAGGUGCAGAAUACACAAUGCGGAGGGGCAGUGUCCGUAAGAUUCGGCCUCCCUAAGUACAGCGAACUGGAUGAUUGUGGUUUCGCAAUUCACAAAAUCAACUUCGACUGCGGCCCCCCCGACAUCCCCAGCAAGCCUGUAGUGGUACCCACGGAUGAAAAUUUGUCGUACCCCAUUAGCUCCCCCCCGGAUCGUGAGUCGGAAGGUCAAUCAUAUCCUGUAUCUUUGACCCCAACUGCCCAGUUACCAGAAUCGUCAAUUGCACCAACAUCUACCGAAUCAUACCCUGUGGAAACUCCUCCGGGAACUCCAUCUGAAACGAUUCCUGGAGCUACGCCAGGACUGCCUUCAGGAUCUUAUCCUGUAGGAACUCCUCCGGGAACUCUCUCUCAAACGUACCCUCCUGGAGCCACUCCAGGAUUUCCUUCAGAAAUAUACCCUUCAGGAUCUUCUUCGGGAAUUCCAUCUGAAACAAUUCCUCCUGGAGCUACACCAGGACUUCCUUCGGGAUCUUAUCCUGCGGGGACUCCCCCGGGAACUCCGUCUGAAACAAGUCCUGGAGCUACCCCCGGACUUCCUUCAGAAAUAUACCCUUCAGGAUCUUCGGGAAUUCCAUCUGAAACAGCUCCUGGAGCUACACCGGGAACUCUCUCUCAAACGUAUCCUCCAGGAGCCACACCGUCAGAAAACACACCUCCGGGGAGCACACCCCCAGAAACAACUCCCGUUGGGACUGCUCCUCCGGUGGUCACUGCUCCAGACGUAACUCCGGGAGGAACUCCAUAUCCAACGGAGGCUAUCUCUUACUCCACCUCCACAGUCUUUACCACAUCCAUCAUCACUAUUACCCACUGUGGCCCAGAGGUUCCUUCAUGUCCUGCCGACUCUACUGAGGUUGUCACUUCUACGAUCGCUAUUUCAACCACAAUAUGUCCAGUAACUAUCACACCAACAUCGCCCGAUUCAAUCGUUACUGGCCCAAUCCCUACCAGCCAAACCCCAGCGUAUCCUACCCCUACAAGCCCUGCAGGAUCUACCACUCCACCGAUACCGACUGUUCCAAACCCUGACACUUUAACCUAUCCAGUUGGCGAAUCUACAGCGACACUGCCCGGCUCAAGUGCAUUGCCAGUCACACAACCUCAUCCGUCAGAUUUGACUGUCACCGAAAUUACAUAUACUACUGUCACUACUUGCCCAGUGACAGGAACGAUCACCUCUGGCACUACAGAAAUAACAUAUACUACUAAUACGGUUUCUACUAUUACGGUGACCACUACUGGUACUGUGUGUCCAGGAUGCUCUGUUCCUCCUCCAUCUGAUUCAUCAGGUAUUUCCUACCCCACGGGUUUACCAACGCCCCCCAACACAUAUCCAGCUCCAUCAGAAUCAGCAGCACCUUCUUCGUCGUCAGCCUUCCCGGUUACAAAUUCACCUGGUCCUUCAACUCCCGUCUUACCGCCAGCUAUCCCCAUCGAAGCUCCCUGCCCCAAAGUACUGCCACAAUGUCUGAAUACCUGGCUCAAUUUGGUUCCAAAAUGCAACUCGAACAGCGACAUUAGCUGCUUCUGCCCUUCCUCCAAAUUCACGUCUGCGGUAAUCGCAUGUAUCCAGUCCUGGGGUGCUUCUGAUGAUGAAAUUCAAUCUUCUCUCUCCUAUUUCGCUGGCAUCUGUGCUGCAGACGUCCCGAAAAAUCCUGGUAUCAUUACCGCAAUCCCGUCGACAAUUACCCUAACCCCACCGCCAGCGGCAACACCACCAGCAGCUCGAACCGGCGGCAACACCCUCAUUACCCCUCCACCCCAGGCCCCUCACACUGAAAUUACCGUUUCUCAAGUGAUAUCAUACUCCGCUGCUGAACCUACCACCCGUACUACCAUAGUCACAGUCCCACAGGUACAGUUCGUCACUGAAACUAUUCCUGGUGCAGCCACUGGUAAAUACGUGGGGCUGGUUCAAGGCACUGCACUUCCUGAAGAGGUUCCGACAUAUGCCCCAUCAGCAUACCCUGCCGCCGCCCAGCCUUCAACCUUCGCCACGAUUUCAGUCUCGCCAACAGGAAACCCAACUCCUAAUCCCUAUAUUGGAACUGGAGAUGCUUUCUCAAGAUCGAUUCCAUCCUCCGUGUGGAUCCUUUCUUCUAUUACCAUUUUUAUGGGUCUUUUGCAGUAG